UAUCUCAUUCACUUUAGGCUUUUGGCUGGGAGGAGGCCUAGGUGCAACUCUCUUCGGUUAUCCCAAACCCUGGUUCGUCCCACGCUAGCCACCUCCACCACGCUGCCUAAGUUCAACCCCAAAGAGAUCAAAGGCAUAUACCUGAGGUGCACAGGAGGGGCAGUCCAUGCCACAUCUGCCCUGGCCCCGAAAAUCGGUCCCCUGGGUCUGUCUCUAAAAGAAGUUUGUGAUGACAUCACCAACGCAACUGGUGAUGGGAAGGGUCUGAGGAUGACAGUGAAACUGACCAUUCAGAAUACACAGGCCCAGAUUGAAGUGGUACCUUCUGGCUCUGCUCCGAUGAUCAAAGCCCUCAAGGAACCGCCAAGAUACAGAAAGGAGCAGAAAAACAUCAAGCACAGCGGAAACAUCACUUCUGACAAGAUUAUCAACAUUGCCUGACAGACGCAGCACCGAUCUCUAGCCAGAGAACUCUCUGGAAUCACUAGAGAGAUCCUGGGGACUGCCCAAUCUGUGAGCUGCCAUAUUGAUGGCCACCACCCUCAUGACAUCAUAGAUGACAUCAACAGUGGCACAGGGGAAUGCCCAGCUAGUUAAGAACUACAAAGGAAAAUAUUUCAAUAAAGGAUCAUAAAGACUUCAA